AUGCAGAAACUCGCCCGGACGGUUAAAAAUCCGCAUAUUUGCAUUUACUGCGUCCCAGAGGGCACAGAGUUACCGGAGGAUUUGAUCCUCGUGCAUGAAUUACGGGAUCAUUAUUCGUUGCAGGCGAGGAGAGGGAUUGGCGUUGAUGAUUUGAAUGAGAAGAUUACAGAUUUCUUGUCAGAGAGAGGAAAGAGGUUGAGUAGGGAGGAAUGGUUGUGGAGGUUUCCGAGGGCUACGGAGGAGAUAGCUUAA